AAUGUAAAGUGUGGCGAAAUCCGAUGAACUUCUUUCGCGGCGCUGAGUACCAGCGUUUCAGCAAUGCCACUGGUAAAGAACCGCUCACUUAUUAUGAUAUGAACCUCUCGGCCCAGGAUCACCAGAACCUGUUCACUUGCGAAGCUGAUACUGGCAAGCCGGAAUACGAAAUUAUGAUGGUCGCUUGGCGUGAGAGAGAUCCGAACCUACGAGUUGAACGCAUGCUAAAGAGAGCUCUGAAAGCGGCGGAUGUCAAUUAUAAAAAGUGUCAUUCCAGUCAAAAUUUCAGUAGUCCAGCCGAAGAAGCCCUUCAUAAACGUGACACCAACGUGUUGAUUUACAUUCGGCGCCGGCUGGCCAUGUGCGCGCGGAGACUCGGAAAGUUGAAAGAGGCUGUCAAAGCGAUGCGUGAUCUAAUCAAAGAGUUUCCAAUGCUUAACGUAAUGAACAUUCACGAAAAUCUCAUCGAAGCGUUGUUGGCGAUGCAGGCUUACGCAGAUGCCCAAGCCGUUCUUGCUCGAUACGAUGAGUUCAGCUUGCCAAAGUCGGCUACCAUUUGCUACACGGCUGCCCUGCUCAAGGCAAGAAUAGUAUCAGAGCGGUAAGU